CCGGCCGCAGCCGCAGCCGCCCCGCUUCGCCCAGGCAAUGACAGCGGCUCCGGCCCCGUCCCCGCAGCAGAUCAGGGACCGGCUGCUGCAGGCCAUCGACCCGCAGAGCAACAUCCAUAACAUGGUGGCAGUGCUGGAAGUGAUCUCCAGCCUGGAGAAAUAUCCCAUUACCAAAGAGGCACUUGAGGAAACCAGACUCGGGAGGCUUAUCAAUGAGGUGAGGAAGAAGACAUCCAAUGAGGAACUUGCCAAACGUGCCAAGAAAUUGUUGCGGAAUUGGCAGAAGUUGAUAGAACCCGUAACCCAGAACGAGCCAGUGCCAAGGGGGCUGCCCAACCCGCCAGGAUCAGCAAAUGGAGGUGCCCACAACUGCAAACCAGACUCACAACUCCCUGCUGUGCCCGGCGCCAAGCCCAUCAGCGAACUGAAAAGCAGGAAUGAUAUCCAGAAACUUAAUUCUCCAAAAACAGAGAAACUGGGAAAUAGGAAAAGGAAAGGUGAUCACAGGGAUGGGCAUCAGGGCCCUCCUCCCCCAAAGGUCUCCAAAGCUAGUCAUGAAGUAUUACAAAACUCUUCACCCCCUCCAACCAAUGGAAUUGGAGGUAGUCCUGAAAAUUUUCCUAGUCCUGUAGACAUAAACCUGCACGCAGGGCCCGAAAGCAGCAGGACAGAUCUCAGUGAAAACGAUAAACACAAUAAGAUCCCAGUAAAUGCUGUAAAACCUCACACCAGUUCUCCAGGACUUGUAAAACCUUCAAGCACUUCCUCGUUACUAAAGACUGCAGUGCUUCAGCAGCAUGAUAAAUCAGAAGAAGCCACGGGCCCCCACCAGCCCAAGAGCCCACGCUGCUCCUCCUUUAGCCCCAGGAACGUCAGGCAUGAUACUUUUGCUCGGCAGCACAGCACGUACUCACCAAAGGAUUCGAUGCCCAGUCCAUCUCAAAGGUCUCAGUUCGCAGACGCCGCACAGGUGCCAUCGCCGCCGCCAUCCCUGAUGCAACCAUCCACACCUCCCCUGCCAGCCAAGAGACUGGAGUUCCCUCCUCAGGCGGCCCCCGAGGCGCAGCAGCACUGGCAGGAGCAGCAGGGAGCCCCCGAGGGCCAGCACAGGCACACAGCAGGGACACUUCAGCAGCACACGGCUCCCGGCUGCAAAGCCCACCCCGGGGAAUCACACAUGGGCUUCCCACAGGACACUUCCAGAAUGGACAGUGACGAUGCUGCUUCAGGGUCUGAUAGCAAAAAGAAGAAAAGGUACCGACCCAGAGACUAUACAGUCAACUUGGAUGGGCACGAGACAGAUGGGGGUGUGAAACCUGUGAGGUUAAAAGAGAGAAAACUCACUUUUGAUCCCAUGACAGGACAGAUAAAACCUUUAACACCGAAAGAUCCUUUGCAGGUAGAAAUCCCUGCACUUACUGAACAGCACAGGACAGAAACGGAAAAGCAGGAGCAAAAACCCAACCUGCAAAGCCCCUUUGAACAAACGAACUGGAAAGAGUUGUCCAGAAAUGAAAUCAUUCAGUCAUAUUUAAACAGACAGAGUAGCUUGCUGUCUUCAUCAGGAGUACAGACUCCAGGAGCUCACUACUUCAUGUCUGAGUAUUUAAAGCAGGAGGAAAGCACUAGAAAAGAGGCUAGAAAGACUCAUGUUCUAGCUCCUAACAGCAAACCUACAGACUUGCCUGGGGUCACCAGAGAGGUCACGAGCGAUGACCUCGACAGAAUACGUGACCACAACUGGCCAGGCGUGAACGGUUGUUAUGACACACAGGGUAACUGGUAUGAUUGGACACAGUGCAUAUCCUUAGAUCCACACGGGGAUGAUGGGAGAUUGAACAUCCUGCCUUACGUCUGCCUAGACUGAGAGCAGUUCUGCUAAGCACGCUUUUCACACCUGCAGUUAGCAGAACUGGCAGACACGAUGCCACUUCCAGCUGGAGAGAGCCUCCUGUCCUGGACAAACAGGCCCCACGAGCAGAGGGGGGGAGGGAGCUGGGCCUUUCCAGCUCGUUCCUUUAAAUUCUCCUUUUGUGAAAUGCUGCUACCAGUUUACUAACAAUUGCAAAGGAAGGCAUACGAAGGUUGAUCAGUUGAGUUUAAAACUCUAUAGCGAGCCAGCUAUAAAAAGUGUUAGUCCCCAAGAAGUGAAGAGGAUUUCCAGCACUUUCUGAAUGCCGGAAUCUUAUUACAGGCAGGUACAGAGAAAAAAUUGUGGAAGUUACCUUAACAAAAUAUGCAUCUAUUUAUUUGACUUGAUUUGGGUUUUUAUUUGGCAGUGAGAUAUUCGAGAGACAAUGUGCAAAAACUGUAGUUUUAUUUCUAUCACAUCUCUGAACAUGAUUGCGUUAUUUAAGAGUCAUGUGGUACGGAGAUUGGGUUUUAAACAGCAGGUGUUGCACUGCAGGCUGGGCCACCAGCUUCAGCUCAACAUUCCAUAGGCAUCCACAUAUUUUAGUCUGGUUUCAGUUUAAAUCCAGUCUCUGAGAAAUGCUGCAAAAACUAGAUGUUUAAUGAUAUUUUUUGAUCCCACCACCACCAGCCAAAUAUUUUUCCUCCUUUUCCCUUCCUGCAAACUUAUAGGUAAAAAACAAAAAGACAAAAAAAACAAAAAGACAAAAAAAAACAAAACAAAAAAACAAAAAGAAAAAUCACCUUUUCUAGAAUCUAAAUGUAAUGAGGGUGCUACAAGUUUGUAACUGUACUGUGAGAGGGAAAAAGGAAGCCUGUUUGUAUGCUGGAAAUAUACUUGUUACCAUUCCUUUAGAUAUUGUUUGCCUUAUGGAUAUCCAUCAUAAACGCAAUUUGCAAAAACAAAGAGCCUUAGUGAAUGUACAGUAACUAGACUUCUGUGUUCCUGGGAUGCAGAAGGGAGCAACUUUGCUAUUUGGUCCUUUAAGUGGACACGUUGUGAUAUAAAUGUGGAAAUAAAAAAAAUUUGCACAAACCA